AUGUCCCAGAAGGUUAUUCCAUCCAUGCAGUCACUCAAAUCUUUGCCGGCUAACUAUAGAUUUGAUGGUUCACCUAUCUCUGAUCCUUCUAGUGCAAGUGUUCACUUGAACAGUUCGAAUCUUCCAAGAAAAGGUGGCUUAAGUAAUGGGGUUAAUGGAGCUGAAACUGCUGCUGGAGAUAGUGAGGAUUCACCAUACAGCGGGCACAUUGUUUCCACUGAAGAGGAGUCUUUAACUGGUGAUGUGGAUCUUGGUGCUGCUACAAUGCCCUUGCCUCACAGUGAUGAACGCAGGUGGAGCGACACUAGUGCCUAUGCUCGGAAGAAGAUACUGCAAUCUUGGAUUCAACUUCCAAAUGGUAACUGGGAGCUUGGGAAGAUACUGUCAACUUCAGGAGAGGAGUCUUUAAUAUCUUUACCUGAGGGAAAAGUUAUAAAAGUCAUAUCAGAGACUCUAGUACCUGCAAAUCCUGAUAUUCUUGAUGGAGUUGACGAUCUAAUGCAACUAAGUUACUUGAAUGAGCCAUCGGUGUUGUACAAUCUCAACUAUAGGUACAACCAAGACAUGAUAUAUACAAAAGCAGGGCCAGUUUUGGUGGCUGUGAAUCCUUUCAAGGAGGUUCCUUUAUACGGGAAUCGUUACAUUGAAGCAUACAGGAAGAGAUCAAAUGAGAGUCCUCAUGUGUAUGCAAUUGCAGAUACAGCAAUUCGUGAAAUGAUACGAGAUGAAGUUAACCAAUCCAUCAUUAUCAGUGGCGAGAGUGGAGCAGGAAAAACUGAGACAGCUAAGAUAGCUAUGCAGUACUUGGCUGCUCUUGGAGGUGGAAGCGGGAUCGAAUAUGAGAUACUUAAGACUAAUCCCAUCUUGGAAGCAUUUGGAAAUGCAAAAACAUUGAGAAACGAUAACUCUAGUCGCUUCGGGAAGUUGAUAGAGAUUCAUUUUAGCGAAAGCGGAAAGAUAUCCGGUGCUCAAAUUCAAACCUGGGAAAGGUCAUAUCAUAUAUUUUAUCAACUUUGUGCUGGAGCUUCACCUGCACUGAGAGAGAAACUAAAUCUGACAAGUGCACACGAGUAUAAAUAUUUGGGACAGAGUAACUGUUAUUCAAUCUGUGGAGUUGAUGAUGCUGAACGUUUUAAUACUGUUAAGGAAGCUCUGGAUAUUGUGCAUGUUAGUAAAGAAGAUCAAGAAAGUGUAUUUGCAAUGCUUGCUGCAGUAUUAUGGCUGGGGAAUGUUUCCUUCACCAUUAUUGACAAUGAAAACCAUGUUGAACCUUUAGAAGAUGAAAGUUUGUCAACUGUUGCUAAAUUGAUUGGGUGCAACAUCAAUGAGCUUAAGCUCAGUUUAUCGAAACGUAAUAUGAGAGUUGGAAAAGAUACCAUUGUGCAGAAGCUAACGCUACCGCAGGCCAUCGAUGCAAGAGAUGCUUUAGCAAAAUCAAUGUACUCGUGCCUGUUUGAUUGGCUGGUUGAACAGAUCAACAAAUCUCUUGCAGUGGGAAAGAAGCGAACUGGCAGAUCCAUCAGCAUUCUUGAUAUCUACGGCUUUGAAUCAUUUGAUAAAAAUAGCUUUGAGCAGUUUUGUAUAAAUUAUGCAAAUGAGAGAUUGCAGCAACACUUUAACCGUCAUCUAUUCAAGCUGGAGCAAGAGGAAUAUAUCCAAGAUGGGAUUGACUGGACAAGGGUUGACUUUGAGGACAACCAAGGUUGCCUUAGUCUCUUUGAAAAGAAACCGUUGGGGCUGCUCUCACUUUUGGAUGAGGAAUCUACAUUUCCGAAUGGCACAGAUUUGACACUUGCAAACAAGCUUAAACAGCAUCUAGACUCUAAUUCAUGUUUCAGAGGAGAUCGAGGGAAGCUUUUCACAGUUGUGCAUUAUGCUGGAGAGGUUACAUAUGAGACGACUGGGUUUCUAGAGAAGAACAGAGACUUGUUGCAUCUGGAUUCUAUCCAACUUUUGUCUUCUUGUUCUUGCCACCUUCCUCAAGCAUUUGCUUCUAGCAUGUUGAUCCAGUCUGAAAAACCUGUGGUCGGCCCUUUAUACAAAGCAGGUGGUGCUGAUUCCCAGCGGUUGAGUGUAGCUACAAAAUUUAAGGGUCAACUAUUUCAAUUGAUGCAACGUUUAGGGAACACUACACCACAUUUUAUUCGCUGCAUCAAGCCAAAUAACAACCAGUCUCCUGGGUUGUAUGAGCAAGGACUUGUGUUACAGCAGCUGAGAUGUUGUGGUGUCCUAGAAGUGGUUCGGAUUUCACGGUCUGGAUUUCCUACAAGAAUGUCUCAUCAGAAAUUUGCUAGAAGGUAUGGUUUCCUUCUGGUGGAGAACAUUGCUGAUAAAGAUCCUCUAAGUGUCUCGGUUGCAAUUCUCCAUCAGUUUAAUAUCUUGCCGGAGAUGUAUCAAGUUGGCUACACAAAACUGUUUUUCAGAACUGGCCAGAUUGGGGUUCUUGAAGACACAAGGAACCGUACUCUCCAUGGCAUUUUACGUGUCCAAAGCUAUUUCAGAGGAUACCAAGCUCGCUGUCGCCUGAAGGAGCUUAAAAUGGGAAUUUCUACUCUCCAGUCAUUUGUUCGUGGAGAGAAAAUAAGAAAGGAGUUUGCAGAGUUACGAAGGAGGCAUAGAGCUGCUGCUACUAUACAAAGCCAAGUUAAAAGCAAGAUUGCUAGUCGUCAGUAUAAGGGCAUAACUGAUGCGUCCGUUGUGAUACAAUCAGCAAUUCGUGGUUGGUUGGUUAGACGAUGCUCAGGGGAUAUUGGAUGGCUAAAAUCUGGAGGCACUAAGAUAAAUGAGUCCGGCGAGGUGCUAGUGAAGGCAUCAGUACUUUCUGAGCUUCAACGAAGGGUGCUUAAAGCAGAAGCUGCUAUGCGUGAGAAAGAAGAAGAGAACGACAUUCUUCAGCAGAGGCUUCAACAGUAUGAGAACCGUUGGUCAGAGUACGAGACAAAGAUGAAGUCAAUGGAAGAGAUAUGGCAAAAGCAAAUGCGGUCUUUGCAGUCAAGUCUUUCCAUAGCAAAGAAAAGCUUAGCGGUUGAGGACUCUGCAAGAAACUCAGACGCAUCGGUCAAUGCAAGUGAUGCAACAACGGAUUGGGAUUCAAGCAGUAAUCAUUUCAGGAGCCAAGCGAGCAACGGAGGAGUGGCCAGACAACAACAACAACAGCCUAUGAGCGCGGGUCUGAGCGUGAUCGGGCGUUUGGCUGAAGAGUUCGAGCAGAGAGCUCAAGUGUUUGGUGAUGAUGCAAAGUUCUUGGUGGAAGUGAAGUCUGGUCAGGUGGAAGCAAACUUGAAUCCAGAUAGAGAGCUGAGGAGGCUGAAACAGAUGUUUGAGACGUGGAAGAAGGAUUAUGGAGGGAGGUUGCGGGAAACGAAACUGAUACUGAGCAAGCUUGGAAGCGAAGAGAGCAGUGGUUCGUUGGAGAAAGUGAAGAAGAAGUGGUGGGGAAGGAGAAAUAGUACCAGGUAUUGA